AUGUUGGGACGCACGGUAUUCGAUCUGAUCCAGCAGAAUGCCAUGAAGAAGGGCGAUGUUCUGAGCGUGGCGCAGCUGGCCGGGGUGAUGGGGGCGAAACAAACGGCGUCCCUCAUCCCCCUGUGCCACCCCCUGAGCCUGUCGAACGUGGAGGUGAAGCUGGCCCUGCUCGCCGACUUCCACGCGCUCAACAUAACGGUCACCGCGUCGACAGUCGGUCAGACUGGAGUGGAGAUGGAAGCCCUGACUGGCGCCUCCAUCGCCGCGUUGACUGUAUAUGACAUGUGCAAAGCUGUCUCUCGGGAACUGAAAAUCACAGACAUCCGACUCCUGCACAAGUCUGGAGGCCGCUCGGGGGACUGGACAUGCUCUUCCUAA